UCCUCUGCCUUUCGUCAAUGGAAUCAUUAUAUCAAAAAGCGAACAAAUUGUUGAUGGAAGUUGAGAGUCACAUAUCAUCUCUAGGGCACUCGUAUUCGCCUCAACUUGAGCAGGAAAUUGAGGGUAAAUUAGAGGAGUUGUUCUCUGAUAUUCAGAGGUUGGAGCAGAUGGUCGCUAAAGAACCACCUUCCAGGAAGCAGAGCGCCAAACUACGAGUUGAACAAUUGUCAUAUGAUUGUCAGCAUCUACAUAGUACUCUUAGGACGUUCCAACAGAAACAGCGGCUCAAGGAAAAGGAAGAGCACGAUAGGAAUGAAUUGUUGUCAAGGAGAUUUACAGCAAAUGAGACACCAAUAGCUAAGUCUGACUCUCGAUCAUGUGUGACAGACAGCUGUUGGAAUGUUAAUUUUUAGUGCAUUGGGCUGAUAUUUAAAGCAGCUGUAUUGACAGACAGACAGACAGACAACAGACAGACAGAUGGAUGGACAGACAGACAAGACACACAGACACACAAAAAGAUGGAAAUACAUAUUAACAGACA